AUGGUAAACAGGAAUUCGUCUGAAAACAGAAUGAAGAGCACAUACAUCGUACGGAACGACAGUGGCUGUGUGGCUCACAGAAACAUGAGUGGACCGGAACGAAGGACUAUCCAUAUGAGCCACUAUCAAGGUGGCACACUUAAGGAUAAACUAGAUCAGGGGGAUCAAAUCUUUAAAACAGUCGAAGAUUUCGUAAAUACCUAUGUUGAGGAUACUAGUAAACGUCGACCUAUUAAGAAGAUGUUGGUUGCCACAAAUGGUAUCGCUGCUGUUCGUUGCAUUCUUUCCAUUCGAAAGUUGCUCAUGCAACUCUUUCGUAAUGAUCGUAUCAUUAAGUUUAUUUGCUUGACAACCGAACAGGAGAUCCGAUCAAAUGCUGAAUAUUUGAAGCUUGCCGAUCACUUUGUUUUUUCUCCUGGUGGUGAUAACAGAAACAAUUACGCCAAUGUUGAAGAAAUUGUGAAUCAUGCUGUUGAAAAAGGAGUUGACGCCGUUUGGGCGGGAUGGGGCCAUGCAUCGGAGAAUCCUGAGCUACCUAAACAACUUGCCGCCCGUGGAAUUGUUUUCAUUGGGCCACCAAGCACUGCUAUGUUUUCUCUGGGUGACAAAAUCGCUUCAACAAUUAUAGCCCAAACCUUAGACAUACCUACCAUUGAGUGGUCCGGUAGUGGGUUAAAGCUGGAUCUAAAUCAAAAACGAGGAAGCGAAUGUGUUUCUGUCACUCAAGAACUUUUUAAUCAAGCAACUGUCUCUGAUCUAUAUGAGGGAUUGAGAGCUCUCGAAGAACACAAGAUAGGAUAUCCACUCAUGAUUAAAGCUUCGGAAGGUGGGGGUGGUAAAGGGAUUAGAAAGUGUAAAAACGAAGCGGAUUUCAAGGAAAACUUUGUGCAAGUGCAGACAGAAGUGCCUGGUUCGCCGAUUUUCAUCAUGAAGUGCGUCGAGAACGCGAGACACAUUGAGGUUCAGCUCAUUGCCGAUAGGUACGAGAAUGUAAUUCCGGUAUUCACGCGUGAUUGCUCCAUACAACGAAGAUGUCAGAAGAUUAUUGAGGAAGCCCCUGCAAGCAUCGCCCCCAAAGAAACACUUCGCCGUAUGCAAGAGGACGCCGUUAAAAUUGCCAAACUAGUUGGUUAUGAAUCAGCUGGUACCGUUGAAUACAUGUACCUUCCUGAUGAGGACAAAUACUUUUUCCUUGAAUUAAAUCCUAGGCUUCAGGUAGAACAUCCUUGUACUGAAAUGCUUGCUAGUAUUAACAUACCUGCUAUUCAAAUGCAAAUUGCAAUGGGCCUUCCACUAAACAGAAUCACUGACAUUCGCCUUUUUUAUGGACUUGAUAGGUACGGAACUACUCCACUUCCAGAAGAAAUCGUACUUACUGAUACUGAGUACAGUGUCAUUGCUGCAAGAAUUACCUCUGAAGUGAGUUUAUAUUUGCCUCUGUGUGGUGAAUAUUGGUUUCUUUGUCAUUAA